AUGCGCGGCAAACGCGCGAAGCAAUACCGCAAGCUGAUGCACCAAUACGCCCUCACCUUCAACUUCCGCGUCCCCUACCAAGUCCUCGUAGACGCCGAGAUGAUCCAGGACGCCGCGCGCUUCAAGAUGGACCUGCUGGGCGGCCUGGAGCGCACGCUGCAGGGCAAGGUGAAGCCCAUGAUAACAUACUGCUCCAUCCGCCACCUCCGUGCCGCCGCCGACGCUUCCAAGGACCCGGGCCUUGUGGCUCUCGCCCGGCAGUGCGAAAUGCGCCGCUGCAACCACCACGAACUCCCUGAACCCUUGACUACGCUCGAGUGCCUGUCUUCGGUCGUCGAUCCUAAGAGCAGCGGCACGAACAAGCACCGCUACGUCGUCGCGUCCCAGGACCAGGCCGUGCGCGCCGCCAUGCAGCGCAUCCCGGGCGUGCCCCUGGUCUAUAUUAAGAGGAGUGUCAUGAUCAUGGAGCCCAUGUCUGAGGCGUCGGCGGGGCUGAGGGAGAGGGAGGAGAGGGGGAAGUUCAGGGCGGGGUUGAAGGGACGGAGGGAGGGAGGGGCGUUGGCGGGGAGGGUAGAGAAGAGGAAGAGGGAGGAUGAGGAGCAUGGUGAGGGUGAUGAGAUAGAGGUGGGUGCGGAUGCGGGAGCGGAGCAUGAAGAUGGACAUGAUGUCAUGGCGGUGGGCGACGCGCAAGCGGCUCCGGCGGCGAAGAAGCGGAGGAAGGGUCCCAAGGGGCCGAAUCCAUUGAGUGUCAAGAAGCCCAAGAGGAGAGUGGAGCAAGAUGGGGCAGGAGCCAAGAGGCCGGCUAACGAGAGCGCUCCGCCUACGGUUAUUACUGCCGCACCAACCCCAACGAUAGACGCUACGGCUACCGAAGAAGCUACCAAGAAGAAAAGGAAACGGAAACACAAGACCAACACCUUCGGCGCAGAUGCAGACGCUGUUUAG